AUGCUUCUGUCUGGCUUGGCAGCUAUAAUAGCGGUCGUAACAGUUAUGAUAGCUAGACUACCCAAAAGCUGCAAUCCUACAACCGAAUGGUAUCAAAGGAACUUACUCUACGAAAUUUUCCCAGCCAGUUUCUACAGUAGUACUUACAAAAUGGAAGAUUUCGAAAAAGCUUCGAGUUUAACCGAAAUCGAUCCCAUAUUAGGAACUCUAGAAGAUUUUAAAAGCUUAGUCAAACAUUUGAAGUCUAGAAACAUUUCUUUGAUACUAGAUUUACCAGUCUUGUCCUUUAUUCAAAAGCACGUAGCUAAAAAAGCAAUUACUACAAGUAACGAGGUGAGGAAUGCGACUAUGGAUCCCAAAAGUGACUAUCUCAAGUUAGAAGAUUUUGAUUUGGUGGAGGAUACCAUACAGUUUUGGGCAUUACAUGGUGUUGAUGGAUUCUACUUAAAAGGACUAGAACACCACGCAGAAGAUUAUACCACUGCUAGACUUAUAAGACAUUGGAAAAAAUUACUGGGAAGCGAUAAAAUUUUAAUUAUAAGCGACAAUAUCGUAGAUGCAACUCCAAAAGAAAACCUAAACAUAAUUCUAAACAACUUUGAUUUAAUUGACGUGAAACUAAAUAUAGAAAAAGGUGUUUCUUAUGUCACCAAACAAAUAGAUUCUAUACAAAACAGUUCUCUAUUUACCAAACCAGGGAUGCCGUGGGUGCAAUGGUCUUUAGGAAACAUAAACUCAAAUCGCCUUGCAAACGUUUUGAACUACGGCAAUGCUACUUUAGGGGCAACUCUGCUCCAAAUGAUGCUUCCUGGAACACCGUCUGUGUUUUACGGUGAUGAAAUAGGGCUGCACGAAAUCUCAGAUCCCGAAGAAAACAGGAAAGAUAUCAAGCAUCUUCAUCAGCUUAUGAUGAUGCCUUGGAGGAACGAACAAUCAAAAGUUCUGCCUUGGAUAUACGGAGGUAACGCUAACGCACUCUACGAUCAAGUGGAGCAAGGUGAUAAUAAGGCGAAUGCUGAAGUGAUGUACGCGGAGAAAGAUUUUCUGGUGAUUCAAAGAUGGUAUCCCAGAAGGAAAGCUUACGUGGUUGCCAGUAAUUUGGGCAGUAAUAAGAUAUCUGCCGAUCUGUCUACUUUGUUGUACACUGGACAAGUUGUUGUAGGCCCACGAGCAGACUCGACAUCAGAAACAAUAUCUUUUAAGGAGGUUAAUCUGUUGCCUGGGGAAUCAGUCGUUAUAGUAUUAGAUUAA